CGUAAUAAACAAUUGUUUAGAAAACAUGAGAAAAUUCACACAGGAAAGAAUCCUUAUAAAUGCUUAGAGUGUGGAAAAUGUUUCACUCGAAGCUCAUCUCUUUGCCAACAUAAUAAAACACACACAAAGGAGGAAAGCAAAACGUGCCCAGAAUGUGGGAAAACUUUUUCCACAAAAUCAUGCUUGCUGCGACAUCGGAGACUUCACACCGGAGAAAGACCCCAUCAGUGUCCAGAAUGUGGGAGAUGUUUUGGCAGAAAGUCAACCCUAAUUCGACAUCAGAGACUUCACACAGGGGACAGACCUUAUCCAUGCCCAGAAUGUGAGAAAAGAUUUGUGGAUUCUUCUGAACUUCGGAGACACCAAAGAAGACACAGGGGAGAAAAACGUAAGUCUCACAGUGGGGAGAGACCCUAUCAGUGCCCAGAAUGUGGGAAAAGUUUUUCCCAUAGGAUAUACCAAAUUCGACAUCAAAGUAUUCACACUGGAGAAAGACCCUAUCAGUGCCCAGAAUGUGAGAAAAGAUUUGUCGAUUCUUCUCAACUUCAAAGACACCAAAGGACGCACACGACAGAAAAGCUGUAUAAAUGUAAGGAUUGUGAUAAAUGUUUUUCUUUUAAGGAAGCUCUUUUUCGACAUCAGAGUAUCCAUACAGGGGUGAAGCCCUAUCAGUGCAUCGAGUGUGGAACAUUUUUCCGUACAAUACAGAUCCUCAGAAAUCAUGAGAAUGUUCACAGAGGGGAAAAAAAGUUCAAAUGUUUAGAUUGUGGGAAAGCAUUUACUCGUCAAUCAACCCUUAUAAGUCACUGCCAAACCCAUACGGGUGAGAAACACCACAAAUGCUCAGUAUGUGAGAAAUCUUUUACCUGGAAAGGUACACUUGUGAUGCAUCAGAGAACACACUCAGAGAAGCAAUAUAAAUGUCCAGAGUGUGAGAAAACUUUUCGUUGCAAAUAUUAUCUUAGAAAACAUGAGAGGCGUCACAAAGGAGAGCAUGUGCAGAAAAAUGAAAAGUGUCCCGAAUGUGGGAAGUGUUUUGAUCAAAAGUCAAACCUAAUUCGACAUCAGAGAAUUCAUACUGGAGAAAGACCCCAUCAGUGCCCUGAAUGUGGGAAAUGUUUUGGCUACAAAGAAAGUCUACUUCGACAUCAGAAACUUCACACUGGAGAGAGACCCUAUCAAUGCCCAGAAUGUCAGAAAACAUUUGUGGUGUCUGGUGAACUUCGGAGGCAUCAGAAGGGGCACACAGGAGAGAGGCCCUAUAAAUGUGGGGAGUGUGGGAAAGGUUUUCUCACAGCAACACUGCUUCGGGUUCAUAUGCAGAAGUCACACCUAAUUCAACAUGGGAAACUUCACACCAGAGAAAGACGCCAUCAGUGCUCAGAAUGUGGGAAAUGUUUUGUUGAAAAGUCACACUUAAUUCAACAUCAGAGAAUUCACACCGGAGAAAAACCCCAUCAGUGCUCAGAAUGUGGGAGAUGUUUUGCCGCAAAGUCACACCUAAUUCGACAUGAGAAACUUCACACUGGAGACAGACCCUAUCAAUGCUCAGAAUGUGGGAAACAAUUUGUGGAAUCUGCCGAACUUCGGAGACACCAGAACAGACACACAGGAGAGAGGCCCUAUAAAUGUGUGGAGUGUGGGAAAAGUUUUCACACAGCAGCACUGCUUCGGGUUCAUCAGAGAAUCCACACGGGGGAGAAGCCAUACCUGUGUGUGGAGUGUGGGAAAUGUUUUUCCCAAAAACAACACCUUGGAAGGCAUCAAAAGGUCCAUAUGAAAUGAAGCCAUAGAGAUGCAUAUAGUGCGGUAAAGAUUCACUCAAAAGUGAGACACCAGAAAACUCACAUGGAAAAAGCCCUAAUAGGCCCUGAUGGUAGAACAGUUUUUUAUAGUUGUUCAACCCUUAGAAGUUAUAAAAGAGUUCAUAAAGGGGGGGGAUUAGAAACU